CCCCUCCCAGCCAAUGGCACGGCCCAGGCCCCACCUAUAUAAGGCCAGGGCUGCAGGCGCCUCCUCCGGGUCAGUGUUGCGCCCAGGACACAGACAGCCCUUUCAGCACAGCCCAGACAGGCCCCCCACGCCGCCGCCAUGCCGUUCGGGAACACCCACAACAAGUACAAGCUGAACUACAAGCCGGAGGAGGAGUACCCGGACCUCAGCAAGCACAACAACCACAUGGCCAAGGUGCUGACCCCUGACCUCUACAAGAAGCUGCGAGACAAGGAGACUCCUUCUGGCUUCACUCUGGACGAUGUCAUCCAGACGGGUGUGGACAACCCAGGUCACCCCUUCAUCAUGACCGUGGGCUGUGUGGCCGGCGAUGAGGAGUCCUACGUGGUGUUCAAGGACCUCUUCGACCCCAUCAUCCAGGACCGGCACGGGGGCUACAAGCCCACCGACAAGCACAAGACCGACCUCAACCAUGAGAACCUCAAGGGUGGAGACGACCUGGACCCCAACUACGUGCUCAGCAGCCGCGUGCGCACGGGCCGCAGCAUCAAGGGCUACACGCUGCCCCCCCACUGCUCCCGCGGCGAGCGCCGGGCUGUGGAGAAGCUCUCCGUGGAAGCCCUCAACAGCCUGACGGGCGAGUUCAAGGGGAAGUACUACCCUCUGAAGAGCAUGACAGAGCAGGAGCAGCAGCAGCUCAUCGACGACCACUUCCUGUUCGACAAGCCCGUGUCCCCACUGCUGCUGGCUUCAGGCAUGGCCCGCGACUGGCCCGACGCCCGUGGCAUCUGGCACAACGACAACAAGAGCUUCCUGGUGUGGGUGAACGAGGAGGAUCACCUCCGAGUCAUCUCCAUGGAGAAGGGGGGCAACAUGAAGGAGGUUUUCCGCCGCUUCUGCGUGGGGCUGCAGAAGAUUGAGGAGAUCUUCAAGAAAGCCGGCCACCCCUUCAUGUGGAACGAACACCUGGGCUACGUGCUCACCUGCCCCUCCAACCUGGGCACCGGGCUGCGCGGAGGCGUGCACGUGAAGCUGGCACACCUGAGCAAGCACCCCAAGUUCGAGGAGAUCCUCAGCCGCCUGCGCCUGCAGAAGCGGGGCACAGGUGGCGUGGACACAGCUGCCGUGGGCUCCGUGUUCGACGUGUCCAACGCCGAUCGGCUGGGCUCGUCCGAGGUAGAACAGGUGCAGCUGGUGGUGGACGGUGUGAAGCUCAUGGUGGAGAUGGAGAAGAAGCUGGAAAAGGGCCAGUCCAUCGACGACAUGAUCCCCGCCCAGAAGUAGGCGCCCAGCCCGCCCGCCGCCGCCCGCGGCCGGCCUGCAAUGGCUUGGUCACCGAGGGGCCCCACCCAACCCUUCUCGGAGUUCCUCUUCCAACCAGAGUUCCAACCAAUGGGCUCUCCUCUGGGUUCCGGCCAAUGAAAAACCUCUACUUUUCCCGAGCUCUGCAAUGGGGAGCGUCCUCCACACGUGGCGCUCAUGCUUUUCUCCACUCAAAGCAACAAAUAAAAGCAAUGGUGGCCUUAA